AUGCCUGAACCUGAGCCUGAGCCUGUGCCUAAGCUUAAGGCUAUGCCUAAACCUGAGCCUGAGCCUGAGCUUAUGCCUAAGCUUCAGGCUAUGCCUAAACUCGGGCCUGAGCCUGAGCCAAUGCCUAAGCUUAAGGUUAAGGCUAUGCCCAAACCUGGGCCUGAGCCUGAGUCUAUACCUAAGCCUAAGGCUAUGCCUAAACCUGAGCCUGAGCCUAUGCCUAAGCUUAAGGCUAAGCCUAAACCUGAGCCUGAGCCUGAGCCUAUGCCUGAGCUUAGGGCUAUCCCUAAACCUGGGCCUGAGCAUGAGCCUAGGCGUAAUCCUGAGUCUAUGCCUAAGCUUAAGGCUAUGCCUAAACCUGGGCAUGAGCUCGAGCCUAGGCUUAAACCUGAGCCUAUGCCAGAGUUUAAGGCUAUGCCUAAACCCGGGCCUGAGCCUGAGCCUAAGCCUAAGCUUAAGGCUAUGCCUAAACCUGGGCCUGAGCUUGAGCCCAUGCUUAAGCCUGAGCCUAUGCCUAAACCAGAGCCUAUGCCUGAGCUUGAGCCUAUGCCCAAGCUUAAGGCUAUGCCUAAACCAUGGGCCUGA